UCCAAAUUUCCAAUCCACUUUCGUGGAUAACAAGUUUCGACAUACACUCAUGAAACGCCAUUUCUGAAGUUCCAAUUUUAAGAAUAAAAUAGUUUCGAAUACUUCUUUUUUAUUCUCAAACAACUUUUGAGCGCUUUACAAGUUCAUAUUCGAUCGAAUGCCUCCGAUCCAAGAGAAGAUUAUACAUCCAUUAGUUUGUGUAACCUGAAACUCACUCCGCCUGAGCAUAAAAGAUCGAUCAAACGAUAGACAAUGGCUGCUGUUUCGAAGCGUUUGGUUCAAUUAGGUAUCAAUUCAGGGUUCCAAGCAAAAUCAGUGAAGAACAACGUAUACGGUUUUGCUACACCUUUUUUGGUGCCAAAACAGAGUCGAUAUGAUUACACUAACAGGAGACAUCUCUCCCAGCUCGUAAACCCUAACGGCAGGCGUGUCUUUCUCGUUGAUACAUUAGCUCUGGUUAGGAGGUUAGAAGCUCAAGGAGUACCUUCAAAACAGGCUGAAGCGAUAACAUCUGCUAUCACUGAGGUUCUUAACGACAGUUUGGAAAAUGUUGCUGAUACGUUUGUAUCAAAAGCUGAUAUGCAGAAAACAGUGAUGCUUCAGGAAGCACAUCUUGGGAAGUUUAAAUCUGAAGUACAGAGUUCACAGGAGCAUCACUUUUCUAUGUUGCAACGUGAGACUGAAAAGCUAAGAACUGACAUAGACAAAAUGCGAAGUGAACUGAGGUAUGAGAUUGACAAGGUCACUGCAGGUCAACGUUUGGAUUUAAAUCUUGAAAGAGGGCGUAUUCGUGAUGAGCUGGCCAAUCAGAAUGCUGAAACCACCAGCCUCACCAACAAGCUUGACCGAGAAAUUCAUGGAUUAAGAGCGGAAUUAGAAGCAGCAAAGUAUGAUGUUAUAAAGUAUUGCAUAGGAACCCUAAUUUCCAUAUCGGCUGUUGGUCUUGCAGUCAUUCGUAUACUCAUGUAAUCUAAAAAUUGAAACUUUUAACUCUAUUUAUUCUUUCGAUUCAUUCAUUUCCAUUUUUGGAUUGAAAAAUCUAAAUCUAAACUUACAAAUUAGUUUGUAGAUUAGGUUACUUGAUUUGUGAAACAUAUAUGGUAUAUGGAAUGAAAAAGUUUAUUAUUUUGUA